AUGAACCGCGCCCUCGCGGAUGCUUUCUCGGCGGCACUUGCGUCUACCACCUUGGACUCUACCGAAUCUUCGAGACGAUCACGUCUCGCUUCCCGCACGUGCUCUUCGAAAGCUGCGCGUCUGGAGGCGGUCGCUUCGAUGCAGCGUUGCUUGCGUGGUGUCCACAGGCCUGGUGCUCUGACAACUCUGAUGCUUUUUCACGAACGCGCAUCCACAUGGGGGUGCGGCGCCGACGCGGUGCAUGGGCGCGCAUAUUGCAGCUUGUUUGGUCCCCGGGUUGCGCUGCCGCACAAGAAUGCUGUGAAGGCACUUUACGAUAACUUACGCGAGUAG